AAAAACGUAACUAUGUCGGGAGGAUUGGAUGUACUCGCUUUACGCGAAUCAGAUGUCACUAAAAUGUUGGCUGCAACCGCUCAUCUUGGUUCAGAAAAUGUCAAUUUCCAAAUGGAACAAUACAUCUUCAAAAGAAGAUCAGAUGGUGUCCAUAUCAUCAACUUAGGACGCACAUGGGAAAAAUUGUUGCUUGCUGCUCGCGCUAUUGCUGCCAUUGAACACUCACAAGAGAUCUUUGCCAUCUCUUCUCGUCCUUAUGGACAGCGUGCAGUCUUAAAGUUUGCUCAUUAUACAGGAGCUACUCCAAUUGCUGGACGUUUCACACCCGGUGCAUUCACUAAUCAGAUCCAAACAACUUUCCGUGAACCACGUUUGUUGAUUGUUACUGAUCCAUUGUCAGAUCAUCAACCCGUUACUGAAGCAUCAUAUGUUAAUAUUCCAGUUAUUGCUUUCUGCAAUACAGACAGUCCAUUGAAAUAUGUUGAUAUUGCAAUUCCAUGCAAUACAAAGUCAACACACUCAAUUGGUCUUAUGUGGUGGCUUUUAGCUAGAGAAGUUCUUCGUUUACGUGGACAAGUUCAACGUGAUCAACCAUGGGAAGUUAUGGUUGAUUUGUUCUUCUAUCGUGAUCCAGAGGAAGCUGAAAAGGAAGAACAAGCAACAAAAGAAAUUAUGCCUGCAAAGGAUACAUAUGAUGAUGUUGUUGAAGAUCCAAGCUAUCCAGAUGAAACACCAGGCACAAUUGUACCCGUUGCAACUGUUGCUACUGAAGAUUGGAAUGAAGAAAUUGAAACUGUUGGAGUUGCUCCUCAAUCUGAAUGGGGUGGUGCCACAACUGCUUUCUAAAUACAUUUCCCAUGCACUCAUCUCUUCAAGUUGAGUUUUGUUGUAUUGUGAAUUAUUGACCAUC